AUGAGGUAUUUGUUUUUGGAUGAUUGUAUAUCCAUGGGAGUGCUAGGAGGUUGUUUUUACGUAUGUGAUGAAAAUGGGCUGUGGAUGAUGAAAGAAAAUAGUGUUCAAGAAUCUUGGACUGAAUUCUGCCGUAUGAUUAGGUCUCCAAUGAGUUUAAACCAACUGAUUAAGUAUUUGGUUGGUGGUGAAGUAGUGGUGAAUCACGAUAACAAGUGCCUGAAGUUGUGUAAUCCUGCAAACAAAUUUUGGGGUUGGGCUUUGCCUUUAGAAAAAGAUGACAAACUUUGGUCUGAGGAUUGCUUUUCUUUUCCUGGGUUGCAAAAUAGCAUCAGGACAGUUGCUCAUGCCUCAAGCCUUUUCCUAUUCAAAGAUAACAUGAAGGGGAAUAAGGAUGGUCAAUGUGAUAUCAAGAUAGAUAUGGUGGAAGUUGUCUCUUGCAGAUACUGUUUGUUUAAGCACCAUAGCAGUAUUAUACGCUUAGGAGAAAUCAUAACAGUUGCAUGA